GUUAAAACCUAGGGGUAGGCGUGCGUUGGAUCCACCAGCGACGCAAGGAGGAGCUGGUGACCAUCCCCCAGGAGUUCGGGCUAGAAAAGAAAGUGCGUGUGGAAGAGCUGCGUAGGCGGCUGUCUACCUACGUGCAGGAGGGUUACCAUUCGCCUGAGAUCUGGGCUCGUCUCGCCGAGCUGGAGUCUCAAUUCGCAGAAACGUUGGAAGCGCUACCCGUCUGACGUGGCUGGACGACCGCGCCAAAAGUCGGAGCCUGACCUUAGGAGCUCGCAAUUAUAUGGGCUUCCGCAGCCGUCUAUCCCUGGUGUGGCCGUCACGGGGGUGGAAGAGGCUUCCGAUCCCGAGGAAAACGGGGAUCGCCGAGGCACCACGAUCAACGGGGGUAUGGGGCGGAACCCGACGGACCCUUAUGACGUCCCCUACGCUCCCCAACAAUAUUCUCGGCCGGAGGUUAGGCCUUUCUCAAACGUUCCGGAACAAGUUCGGAAGUGGGGCAUGAGAUACGAUGGCCGCUCCGACACCCUUGGGUUCUUGGAGGACCUAAAGGAACGAGCCAUUACGUAUGGUAUAGCCCUCGAUAGAUUGCCAGGGGUAAUGAGCGAGGUGUUUUUCGACAGGGCCUUGGUGGUUCUUGAGCAGCGGGCUUAGAGAUGUGCCAUGGUCGGUGUUCAGGAGGAGUUUCUUGGAGUUCUUCCUACCCCCACGCUACUUCGAAAGGCUUGAGGACGAGAUCCGGUCCCGCAGGCAACGCGUGGGGGAGGAGUUCAAGGAGUACCUGAUAGAGCUGAGAGCUCUGAUGCACCACGCCAGGUACGAGCCGGUGCAGGAGUUGCACCGGAUCUACCAAAACGCUGCUUCCGAAUACAAACUCUACGUGCGGCAGCAAGAUUUCUCCACGCUGACACAGCUGAACCAGCUGGCAGUGGAGUAUGAAACGGUGAUGAGACAGCGAGCGGAAUAUUCCGGAAGCAGGGCAGGGAGUCAGGUGGUCGCGAGCUCAAGUAGCGCGGAGUGGGAAAGGACGGUACAGCCCCCGGGCGGACACCUUAAUCCAUUCCGGACUACUCCCACAUCGGAUCCGGAGCGACUCUUUGUGGAUAGACAAGCCCUCGCCCCGCCGGCGACGGAUCCUGCGCAAGUGGCUCAUCGAAUGAUGAACCAAGAGGCCGGAACCGGGUAUGAUCCGCGACGAGCAUGUCCCAGGUGCGCACAGGAGGGGCACUAUGCCAGGGAAUGUCCCAAUGCACCCGUUUUGUUUUGUUGGGUAUGUGGGCACCGGGGCAGAAGUAUUCAGGAUUGUUGUCGCCGCACGGAGGCGUGAAACGGGAACGGCGUCGCCCAGGCAAGGGUCGGGUCGACGCCAACACAUACGGGACGCGGUAGUAGUACACCCGCUUAAGGUGGAGGGCGGCCGGAU